AUGCGCGUUCACGUACCCAAAGUCACCAACAUUCCUGCUGAGUCACGCUCCUGUCUGCGCUCACAAGUGCGCACUUGCGUCCCCAUUGGUGGUUACACGCGCGUUUUUGAUUGGCUCUCGUGUGCACGGUUUAACGAACUUCCCGAGAAGCAGUCAAACGACGCAAAAGCCAAGCAUGAAGGUCAUCGAAUAAGGCGCCUCGGAAAGUGUUCCACGGUGGAAGAGUUCUGGACGGAGUUCAAGAAGGCCGAGAAACCAAGCGAAUUGCAAUUCACCGAGGCCUACUACCUCAUGCGGGAGCCCUACGAUCCUCAGUGGGAGAAACCAGAACACGCCGGUGGUGGUCGCUGGCGACUACGACACACCGAAUGCGGCAACGCCGACUACCUGUGGUGCGAGUUGGUGAUGAGCGCGAUCGGCGAGAAGCUGACGCAAUUGGUGGACGCGGACAACGACAUCGUGGGUGUCGGUGUGUCCCCUCGGCCCUCCAGCGUGGUGAUCGAGAUCUGGACCUCGGCGCUGGACUUCGAGGCCUCCAAAACCGAGGAAUUUGCGCAACGCUUCAACAACCUCCUUCCGCAGCCGUUCUACUUCAAACUUGUCUAUUACGAAAGUUUCGCGGACGUCAAGAAAAAGGGGGCAUCGAAGUAG